GCCAAGUCACUCCCCAGCGAACGGUCGCACUAAUUACGCAGAGAGGAAAAGCUAACAAAUUUUUUCUGUGCCCAAAGAACUAAUAAUUUAAAAGGUAAUAAAAGCGGAAGUAGCAGAAGAGCAUCACCCACGAUGACCGAUUCCAAGUACUUCACUACAACCAAAAAGGGCGAGAUCUUCGAGCUGAAAUCGGAGCUGAACAAUGACAAGAAGGAGAAGAAGAAGGAGGCGGUAAAGAAGGUCAUCGCCAGCAUGACUGUGGGCAAGGAUGUGUCCGCUCUCUUUCCGGACGUGGUCAACUGCAUGCAGACGGAUAAUCUGGAGCUGAAGAAGCUGGUUUAUCUGUACCUCAUGAACUACGCCAAAUCACAGCCGGAUAUGGCCAUCAUGGCGGUAAACACCUUCGUCAAGGACUGUGAGGACUCGAAUCCACUGAUCCGUGCGCUGGCCGUUCGCACCAUGGGCUGCAUUCGGGUGGACAAGAUCACGGAGUAUUUGUGUGAACCGCUGCGUAAAUGUCUCAAGGAUGAGGAUCCGUAUGUGCGCAAAACAGCCGCUGUUUGCGUGGCCAAACUGUACGAUAUCUCGGCCACGAUGGUGGAGGACCAGGGCUUCCUUGACCAACUGAAGGACCUGCUGUCCGACUCCAAUCCCAUGGUGGUGGCCAAUGCGGUGGCAGCGCUCAGCGAGAUCAACGAGGCCAGUCAGUCCGGCCAGCCGUUGGUCGAGAUGAACUCGGUGACCAUUAACAAGCUGCUGACGGCUCUCAACGAGUGCACCGAAUGGGGCCAGGUCUUCAUCCUCGACUCCCUGGCCAACUACAGUCCGAAGGAUGAGCGCGAGGCUCAGUCCAUUUGCGAGCGAAUCACUCCUCGGUUGGCCCACGCCAAUGCCGCUGUUGUUCUCAGCGCCGUCAAGGUGCUGAUGAAGCUGCUCGAGAUGCUCUCCAGCGACAGCGACUUCUGUGCCACUCUGACCAAGAAAUUGGCCCCGCCACUGGUCACGUUGCUCUCCUCGGAGCCGGAGGUUCAAUAUGUGGCCCUGCGCAACAUCAACCUAAUUGUCCAGAAGCGACCGGACAUUCUCAAGCACGAAAUGAAGGUGUUCUUUGUAAAGUACAACGAUCCCAUCUAUGUGAAGCUCGAGAAGUUGGACAUCAUGAUCCGCCUGGCAAAUCAGAGCAACAUUGCCCAGGUUCUUAGCGAGCUGAAGGAGUAUGCCACUGAAGUGGACGUGGAUUUUGUUCGCAAGGCAGUCCGUGCCAUUGGACGAUGUGCCAUCAAGGUGGAGCCAUCGGCAGAGCGUUGCGUUUCCACGCUGCUGGAUCUGAUUCAGACCAAGGUUAACUACGUGGUGCAGGAGGCCAUUGUGGUCAUCAAGGACAUCUUCCGCAAGUACCCCAACAAGUACGAGAGCAUCAUCAGCACGCUCUGCGAGAAUCUCGACACUCUGGACGAACCGGAGGCCCGUGCUUCGAUGGUUUGGAUCAUUGGCGAGUACGCGGAGCGCAUUGACAACGCCGACGAGCUGCUCGACAGCUUUCUCGAGGGUUUCCAGGAUGAAAAUGCCCAAGUGCAGUUGCAGCUGCUUACGGCCGUGGUUAAGUUGUUCCUCAAGCGGCCAUCGGACACCCAGGAGUUGGUUCAGCACGUACUCUCGCUGGCCACCCAGGAUUCGGACAACCCAGAUCUGCGUGACCGUGGCUUCAUCUACUGGCGUCUCCUUUCCACGGAUCCGGCAGCCGCCAAGGAGGUUGUGCUGGCCGACAAGCCGCUCAUCUCGGAGGAGACGGAUCUGCUGGAGCCCACACUCCUCGACGAACUGAUCUGCCACAUCAGUUCGCUGGCUAGCGUUUACCACAAGCCACCGACGGCGUUCGUCGAGGGUCGCGGCGCUGGUGUGCGCAAAUCGCUGCCGAACCGUGCCGCCGGCUCGGCCGGUGGUGGCGAGCAGGCCGAGAGUGGCAUCGGUUCCGAGGCCAUGGUCAUCCCCAACCAGGACUCGCUCAUCGGCGAUCUGCUCUCCAUGGACAUCAACGCACCCGCCAUGCCCUCCGCUCCGGCGGCAACCAGCAAUGUUGACCUGCUGGGCGGUGGCUUGGACAUCCUCCUGGGUGGUCCGCCGGCAGAAGCGGCUCCUGGCGGAGCAACCAGCCUGCUGGGCGACAUUUUCGGUCUGGGCGGAGCCUCACUGUCGGUGGGUGUGCAGAUACCCAAGGUCACGUGGCUGCCGGCGGAGAAGGGCAAGGGACUGGAGAUACAGGGCACAUUCUCGCGACGCAACGGCGAAAUCUUCAUGGACAUGACGCUGACCAACAAGGCCAUGCAGCCGAUGACCAACUUCGCCAUCCAGUUGAACAAGAACAGCUUCGGCUUGGUGCCGGCGUCGCCGAUGCAGGCCGCUCCCCUGCCGCCCAACCAGUCCAUCGAGGUGAGCAUGGCACUGGGCACCAACGGACCCAUUCAGCGCAUGGAGCCGCUCAACAACCUGCAGGUGGCCGUGAAGAACAACAUCGACAUCUUCUACUUCGCCUGCCUGGUGCACGGCAACGUUCUGUUCGCCGAGGAUGGGCAGUUGGACAAGCGCCUGUUCCUCAACACCUGGAAGGAGAUCCCCGCCGCCAACGAGCUGCAGUACAGCCUGAGCGGCGUCAUCGGCACCACCGAUGGCAUCGCCUCCAAGAUGACCACCAACAAUAUCUUCACCAUCGCCAAGCGGAAUGUGGAGGGCCAGGACAUGCUCUAUCAGUCGCUCAAGCUGACCAACAGUAUCUGGGUGCUGCUCGAGCUGAAGCUGCAGCCGGGCAAUCCGGACGCCACACUCAGCCUGAAAUCACGCUCCGUUGAGGUGGCCAACAUCAUCUUCGCCGCCUACGAGGCCAUCAUCCGUUCGCCUUAAGCGGACAACAUUGGGCUGUCGUUCAAUGGACGAGAGGAGCACAAAGCAAUCGGAGCAAUUGAUCGAAGGAGAAGUGGAAGAGGAAGAAGGCAACCGAACUUCUCAACAGAUGUUGAAGAUUAGCUCAACAAUAAAGUGUAAUUUACGUAUUAUUAUUAUAUUGGGUAUUGGCCCCUGCGCCAGAUACAUCAAUUAUUUAUGCAUAUACACAUACACAUAUACACACAUAUAUAUAUAAAUCAAUCAAGUUUGUCGAGAGAUCUGUUAAUUGUUAAUCGGAGCUACAUUUCCUCAGUGUACUGCAACGCAAAUCGGUAGCGAAAUCUGCGCUUAAUUAAAACGCUGCGAGCAUCCAGCCGUUGCGUAAUCGCAUUCCAAAACUCUGUAACCCCCACAUGCACGUCAUCUAUGUAUAUGAGCGUGUCCUAGUAAAAUGUAUGACAAAUAACACACUUUUCAUUCGA